AUGAUUGUUUCUACUCUAUUCGUUCUGUUUAUUAGUGUUUUCUCGGGAAUAAAUUGUACCAGAACAGAUAAAAAUGUAGACCCGUACCUCCGACCAACUUUACGUGCCUUAAGAUUUGCUCUGGAGUUUUUAGAAAAUGAACAUAAAAAUGUCAAUUUAGAUGCUAUUAUAGGAACCCGAAUUGUUGAAGGUCAGUUAAAGGUGCUCUUACGAAGAAUCGGUGAAAAAUACCCAAAUUUAAAGAUCCCCCAGGAUGUGUUAGGAGAAAUAAAUGAGUUGAGGUUACUAGCUGGCCAGAUCAGUGAUACAGCCCUACCUUACCUGGCGGCCAGGGAUACACGUUAUUUCUUAAGAAUAGGGUACACCUUGACUAAAAACUUCUGGGAUUUAGAUUACGAUAGCAAGGAUGUCAAUGCUGAUGUUCAAAUAUGGCCAUAUUCAAACAGAGAGGCCAUCACAGAGAAAACCUCGGACGACUGUUUAACAGAAUUCUUUGGAACUGGGUGA